AUGAGAUCGCUACGCUUCAUUGCUGCUAAGGCCCUGGUGUCUCACCCCCAGGUGGUCCAACAGAGCCUGGAUGGUGUGGCCCACAACCUCUACCCACUCCUGUUCAAAGCUAGCUACUUGCUGGAGCAGGCGGAGGUGAUCCGUGUCCUGUUGGAACACUGGCCACUGGAGGAGUUCCGGCUGAGUGCGCUGCUCGGACCGCGCUCAGAACCCACAGAGGACCUGCGAGACCGCACCUGCAGGGCCUGCCUGGAGGCCUGCGUGCAGGGCCUUGCAGACCACGUGCUCCGGGCUGGGGGCCCACGGCGGCUGCGUGUGGCUGACCUCACAGGCGUCCGAGACGUGAAGGUGCAGCAGUGCCCCUGUGGGAGGGCGCUGGGCAGGUGGGGCCGCACGGAGCUGCUGGCCAGGACAUGCUGCCGGCUGCAGGCAGAGUCCCCAGGGGCCCGGAGCCCUGUCCGGGUCCUUGCCGAUCUCUUUGUCACAGAGGGAAACUUCGAGGUGGUGGUGCAGGCCCUGGGGCCAGCAGACCCUGCCCCACUGCGUGUGCACUGCCUUUCCUUCCGGGCAGACAGUCUGGGCCCCAGCCAACUCUUGCAGGUGCUGCGUCUGGCUGGGCCAGGUGAGCUGCGCAGGCUGGAGGUGGUGCACAAUGUGCGGCUGCAUGCUGGCCACGUGCAGUGGCUGCUGGCCCAGGUGGGCUUCCCCCAGCUGGCCUCACUCACCCUGCCUGCCAAGGCCUUUGAUGCGCCCCCCACCAGCACCUCAGCCCCUGAUGGCGAGGAUCCCCUCCUCACCUCCAUUGCCUGGGAGCUCAGCCAGAUGAGCCAGCUCACUGAGCUGAGUGUGGCCUUCUCCACGCUGACAGGGAAGAUUCCGAAACUGCUCGGCCCCCUACGGACGCCACUGAGGACCCUGGACCUGGCCAACUGCUCCCUGAACCAUGCAGACAUGGCCUUCUUGGCAGACUGCACCCACACCACACACCUGGAAGUGCUGGACCUCAGUGGACACAGCCUGUUCGUCCUGUUUCCUUCUACCUUCUUCAGGCUGCUGAGCCGGGCUGCCCAGACGCUGAGGGUCCUCACCAUGGAGGAGUGCAGCAUCGAGGAUGGUCACAUGAGCAUGCUGAUCUUGGCCCUGAGCCCUUGCCACGAGCUCUGUGAGCUCCGUUUCCUGGGGAACCCGCUGUCAGCACGGGCCCUGAGGCGCUUCUUUGUGGCUCUCUGCGAGCUGCCCAAGCUGCAGUAUGUUGAGUUCCCAGUGCCCAAGGACUGCUACCCUGAAGGCACCGCCUACCCCCAGGACGAGCUGGCCAUGUCCAAAUUCGACCAGCAGAAAUAUGAUGUAAUUGCCGAGGAUCUCCGUGCAGUGCUGCUUCGGGCUGGCCGGGGAGACAUCCAAGUCUGCACGCCCCUCUUUGGAAGUUUUGACCCAGAUAUCCAAGAAACAAGCAAUGAACUUGGAGCUUUCUUGCUGCGAGCCUUCAAAGCUGCUCUAGAAAACUUUUCCAGGGCACUGGAACAGAUGGAGUAGGCCCUUGAGCAGACCAAGGGGGGCCUUGCAGUUCAGCUGUGCAGCAGCCUGGACAUCCUGAGUCAGCAGGCUUGGGCAUCCGCUCCCCCAGCCACCACCAGUUAAUGCAUCUCUUAGUGAAACUUGUACGUGGCAUCAGUUAAGCACUAUACGAGAGAAAGCCCUGCUCUGGGAGAGGUGACUCGAGGCCACAUCGGUGGCAGAUGGUAGAAUGGUGCGGGGCCGGAUAGGAGCAAGGAGGGGAGCCCAGAUGUCCAGCCAGGGCGGAGAGAAUGUGAGAACUGUCCCAGAACUCAGUACUCCCUGUGCCACAUCUGGGCAUCUGCGGUGCUGACAUGGGUUUGCAUAUUUACGAACUCCUGCCCAGCAUGGCACGUGGGACUUGUUAAUGGCUUCAGCCUGAGGAUGCAG